CCGGCCUGUAAUUUAUCUGUGUAUUUUUUUUUUGGUGGUGUUGAGAGUGUCGUCUACAUGGUUUGGACGAGUGAAGCGACGAGCGCGGCGGGGCCGACGACGACGACGACGAGCUGGGUCGCCCGUCUCGACUUGUCCGACGGAUGAUGCACCAUGCAACCACACGUCUUCAAUCACAUUCAGGCUAGGCCGUCUUUGCCUUUUGACCCGCCGCCGCUGCUGCCCGCCUCUCCGCCGCCGCCGCCGCCGCCGCUGUUGCUGCUGCUGCUGCUCGUGCUGCUGCUCUCGUCCCCUUGCACAGCCGGGUCGCUUUCCUGCUCUGUGUAUGGUUCAUGAUGAUCAUCAAUCGAGGUCAAGAGUGAGAGCGAGGGCAGCGAGGGUAGCGAGAGCGAGUAGAAGCUCGGAGCUAGACGAGAUUGGACAGAGUGAGAGUG